AAGGCGUGCGGCGGCGGCGGAGGAGGAGAAGGAGGCGGGGACUACGCCGGGCCGUAGCUGGCGCCGAGCGCGGUGGGAGCGGAGAGGGUACCCGGCUGGCUCGGCUGGCGGCCUCAGCCCGGAUCUCGACGCCGCAGCCCUGCGCCUCCCGAGCCCUUGUCUCAGUCUCCGCGGCCCCAAGCACGGCGGAGGCGGCGGAGCUGUGGGCCACUGUAUCUGGAGUAGAGCAGAAAAAGUAUUAUGCCUGUGUUCCCUUGGGACUCAUUGGAAAUUGUACAGUGACAUCUUCUGGGAUUUAGGCUGAAUGAAGUAUCAGAGAAACACUUCCCGCCUGUAGCUGCCUGUCAGGUUAGGAGUGUGCAGACUGGUGCCUAAAAUGGAAGUAGAUGUUAAUGGAGAGUCCAGAAGUACCCUGACCACCCUGCCCUUGCCCGCGGCCGAGGUGAGCUCCCCGGGAAAGGCAGAGGUGGAGAAGCCCCGCUGUUCCAGCACUCCGUGCUCGCCGAUGCGCCGGACUGUGUCAGGCUACCAGAUCCUCCACAUGGACUCUAAUUAUUUGGUUGGCUUCGCGACUGGUGAGGAGCUCCUGAAGUUAGCCCAGAAGUGCACCGGAGGUGAAGAGAGUAAGGGGGAAGCCAUGCCUUCCUUGCGCGCCAAGCAGCUGGAUGCAGGACUUGCUCGUUCCUCUCGUUUGUAUAAAACCAGAAGUAGGUACUACCAGCCGUACGAGAUUCCAGCUGUCAAUGGCAGGAGGCGAAGGCGGAUGCCCAGCUCAGGAGACAAGUGCACUAAAUCUUUACCUUAUGAACCUUAUAAGGCCCUCCAUGGGCCUCUGCCUCUCUGUCUUCUUAAAGGUAAGAGGGCUCACUCCAAAUCUCUGGACUACCUCAAUCUAGAUAAAAUGAACAUCAAGGAGCCAGCUGACACAGAAGUGCUACAGUACCAGCUUCAACACCUAACCCUCAGAGGGGACCGUGUGUUUGCUAGGAAUAAUACAUGAGUGACUUGCAGGGGAUGUAAACCAGUUUAGGUCAGCCUACACUUGGCUUGAAAAUUCCACUGUUGUACUCUGUACAGGACUCUUUACAUUAUAGAUGGUUAAAUCAGCUAAGUGUUCCUGGAACAUAAAAAUUGGAUCAAAUUUUGAAUACAGGAAUGAAAUCACAGGUACUUAAGGUGAAAUCAUUCUAGAGCACGCAACUGCAAGGAAAACAGAAUGUUGACCAUUAGUUUGUAUCGCUUUUUAGCUGGGAAGAAAAAGGCUUUGGUACAGUAAUAUCGUCUUUAAAAUUCUGAUAUUCAAAUUGGGAAUGUUAUCUGCUUGGUUGUUGCUGACUUGGUAUGAUUCAUUAGAAAUUUAUAUCUUAAGUACUCAAGUACUUCUUUAAUCUCUGUACUUUACUAUAAAAUAUAUGUAAUGAUUUGUUUUAUGAAAUUUAGAACUUGAACAUUGCUAAAUUGGACCACGUUUUAUUUUUAAAUAUUGAGUUUAAAUAUUUUAUAACUGGUUUUGCACUGAAAAAAAUUAACAUUUCAAAUUGACAAGAGAAUAAUCUUUCUUCACUUGCUUCAAUAAUAUUAUUGAGCAAUGAAUUUUUUAUUUCCGCAUGGAAAGUUAUUGAUCUCUAUGGCUGUAAAAUAUUUCUUUAUAGCGUUAUUAAAGUGUGUCUUAAUAAAAUUAAAUUUGGGAUACAAAGUAUUUAUUUUACAGUGGGUGGGGGGAAACUUUACAGGAAAGUUUCCAAUAUGAAGUUUUCAUAAGUUGAAAAAGUUUCCUUAGUGCUUAUUUUCUAAUUUAAGAAUCAUCUGGAACUUUAAAAUGGAAAGGAUUCUUUAAAUUGUGGAUUAUAGGCAUAAUACUGAUUGCAUCUGAAUGUUCUGUAAGUGAAUGGAACUCUAAUAGAGGAACUCAUGAUUUCUACUCUCAAAUGCUUAAACUAAAUAUGAAGUGAUACCAUUCAGCAUGGCAUCGGGUCAUUUCAGUUUUAGUUCUGUGUAGCACAGGCACUCAUUGAAAUUCCACUUUCUAGGAUUAGUGCAGGAGCCUAAAGUGCUUCUGCAGUUUUAAUGGGUUAAUCCUGGAUUACUUAACAAUUUAUGUCAAUUGCACUGGUUUAAUUUGUUGCUAAAGAAAUAAUGCCCUGGCUUUAGUAACAAAUACAGCUCAACUAUUCUUGAAUAUAUUUUGAAAAAAAAAUGUAUGUAAUGUACCUUUUGUAAAAGUUUCUAUUUCUUUUUUUCUUUUUUGACUCUUGAAGGUGCAAUUUAUUACUGAAUUGGCAUUUCUGGCAGCAUAGACCUCCUUAUUUUAAAUUUUAUUUGGGGGGCUGUGAGUUUCUAAGGUGUUAGUAAUCUUGCUUAUAAAAUAAGAACACCUUUUAAUUAAAUGAGUGGGUCAUUCCUGGUGCAGUUGUGACUUUUCUUUGGCCAGAAUGAAUGACAAACUCUAUUUAGAGCAGAGUAAGUAUUAGAAAACCCUAGGAACUCUUAAUCAACAUUUAUUAUACUUCCACUGAGGCAAAUCAUGUGAAAGAGCCUCAGGGAAGUUGGCCCAUAUCUUACUGAGUUGAUCAGAUUUCUUGAUGGGCUGGAAAUUUUCAGCUAUUGUACAUUUUAAAGUAAAUUGCACCUUUGUAACAUAUUGUAUUGACGAAUGAUCACUAAGAUUAACUAUAUCUAUACAGUCAUUAGUUUGACAAGAAAUAGAAUCCUGUCAGAUGCCAAAGAGUUGGGAUUUUUACGUUUAAUGAUUAAACACCAUUAUUUAUUGAUGACUUACCCUGUGGAACUGUAUUAUUUCUAACUAUGAAAUAAAAGGGUGAUAUAAACACA